AUGCUUUCAUCCACUUCCCGUUUAAAAACAACAAACAAGGCUAUUACUACCCAAAUACAACUUGUUAGAAACAUUUCUAGAAGAAGAAUAGCUUACCCUUUUUAUAAAUUCAAAAAAUUGGGGAAAACACAUGAGAAGCAACAUGACACUAAUUUAAAAUACGCCAUGAGACAGUUUUUGGGACCAAGGGACUACAAGGGCGAAUAUCCAUUCAACAAGUAUUUUGCUGUUCCAACUAAUCAUCAACCAAAAUAUGUUACUCCAGAUUUAGAGAGAGGUUUAUCCUUAAGAGAUCCGAUCACUGGCCAAAUUCUUGAAGUUGGUGGUAGUGGAUCUGGUAGAAAUACUAAUUUAGUUCCAUCUUCUCAAUCUUCCAGAUUAAGCAAUGAAGAAGAUAUUCAGGCCAGAAUAAACAGACAGCAAACAAGCAACUCAGCUAUUAGUAACAGAAGAUUGCAACCAUUUCCUGCUAAUGAAUUUUGCCAAACAAACUGCAUAGUUGGUAAUGAAUUAAAAGAGCAAAUUUAUCAAGAAAUUGAAGUUAAUCAUGUCUCUUCACAAACAGUUUCUCAAAAGUAUGGUUUAAAAAUCCCAAGAGUGGAAGCUAUUGUUAAACUAAUGAAAAUUGAACAUCACUGGGAAUCUACCAAGAGUGUUAUACCUGAUUUACAAGCAAUGUCCGAAACCAUGUACAAAAUGUUUCCAUUAUUUACACCAAAGCAAACUUCUGAAAAUUUGAGUGAAAUUCCUGUGCCUCCCAAGGCAUUGACUUCUAGAUUUAUGGUUUUGGCUGAAUCUCAACCAUUUGGUCCUGUUGAUGCCUCCAAUGUUCUUGGCUUAGAACCUGCUGAAACUACCUUAGAGAAACUGGCAACCUUGGGAGAACACAGUGCUCAUAAUAUUUCAUCUGCUUCAGGAUCCAAAAAUACUAAAAAGCAUAAAGUUGUUUAUGGUGUAGUUAACAAGGGUGAUAAAGCUAUUUUAAAAUUUGUCAACGCUAAAAUUGGGGAAGUUGGUUACCGUUACGGUGCUGGUAAUAGGGAUAACAAGAAAGAUAGGAAAAUUGGAUUUAAUAAGCUAGGUCAAAUGAUUUAUAUUUGA